GCAACCGUACCAUUAACUUAUAAAAAUAGAAAUGUCAACAAUAGAACAAAGUGGUCCAUUGCGAAAAAAAUAUCAAACUUUUUAAUAUCAACGGAAAAUAACUUUUAAUCGGUUGUAAUUGUCAGCAAAUUUAAACGAAAAUAUGGACUUACUGGGUUCUAUUUUAAAUUCUAUGGAGAAGCCACCUUCAGCCUCUACCGAAAGAAAUAAAAUGAUGCAAAAACAAAAGAAAAUAAUGGAAAAACAACAAGCUGCUCAGAAGGCAAAGCUGAACAGUUUUAGAGAGAAGAUAGAAAAAGAAAUAAAUGAAUUUAUUCAAGAUUCCCAGAAACAAAAGCACAAGUUUGCACCGAUGGACAAAGUAUAUCGUAAUAUUGUACAUGAUGUAGCUGAUAUUGCUGGUUUAUGUGCCUUUGCUUUUGGUGAAGAAGAAGUCGAUAGAUAUGUAAUGAUAUUUAAAAAGGAGCAUGCACCAUCUGAUGAAGAAUUAGCUGCAUAUCGUAAAGGGGUAGAAUAUGAUCCCCAGAAGGCUAAAGAGCUUGCUUUGCAAAAGGAGAAAGAAAGACUCCAAGAACUUGAGGAAAGCAAAACAAGAAAGCAACAAGCUGGACCUGUAAAUAAUUAUGCUGCUAAAUAUGAAAAAUUAGUAGGCUCAGAUGCUGGAAUUGCUGCAGCAAAAAUAGCCACCCCAAAUAAACAAUUUGGAUUCGUUAAUAGUGAACAGAAAAAAGACAAGAGGUCAAUCGAACAAACUUUAGCUGACAUACAAGCAAAAAAGAAACUGAAAAAAAGUAAUGAAGACAAAGAAACCCAAAACAAAGAUGACUAGCUGCUUAAUUAUUCUCCUAAAGAUCAAUUAAACUUUUAUUCUCUUGUUACAUCAUGUCUUAAGAUGUAGAUAGGACAACUAUGCUGUUCCUUUCGAAAAAGUUCCAAAUCGCAUUAAUUUUUUUGACUGUCGCCAAACUCAUUGUAGAUACAACAUACUUACACCUUAUUACACAGAGCAAUUGAGAUUUAGUGAGACUCUUGUAUCCUGUACCUGAUUGUAUUAAAUGUGACUGUUGAGACUUAAUACAAAUUGCUCACUGGAAUGUUUGUGAUGAAGGUUACAAAUAAAUUAUUUAUUGUGUUGUUA